UGCAAUUACGGGGAAAAUUACAAAAACUUAAUACGUACUAAUGGAUGUUUGCUUAUGUAAAAUUACACUACUCAAACCAACCUUAAUAUUGAAUUAAAAAUGUCGGCAACGUUAUCUCUUGUUAAUAAAAAGGUUACAUUGAAUAGUUCCGUGAAAGUACAGUAUAUUCCUGCAGCAAUACAUGAAUACAGAGGAAUUGGAAGAUAUAGUAUCAAAUUCUUUGCGUGGUUAUCCAAUGAAGGGAGAAAAAAUGAAUUUGGACAGCAGAUUUGUUGGAAUUUGUACAAGAAAUAGUAUGAGAAUAUCAGUUGAAAAUGAGUCAAAAGCUUUGAAAGCAUUUGGCAGUUUCAAUUGGAAUUAUGAUGCAAUUCCCUCUAAAUCUGAUCCAUUUAAGCAAGCACUGCAAAUGUCCGAUGUAUUAGAUAACAUUUUAGAUAUAACGGCGUCUGAUAUAAAAGAGGAAAUAAAGAAACACUCUUGAAUGAUAUAAACUUAAUAAAUUUAUGCAAAUUAUUUUUCAGUAAAUUUUUUUACAA